UCCAGGCACCUGCGGUCCGUUGCAACACAUCUCCCCCCAGCCGCGGCUGGUGCAGAGCUUCAUCAGUCGCUCUGCAGAUCAACUUCCAGGCCUCACGUCCUCCAGUUUCAACUCCCUCACCAACUGCUUCGGCUUUGGUUCACCACGCCCCCCCUCCCCGGCCGGGCCGAUGGCGGGGCGCUUUGAGGUCCGAGAUUUGCCGUUGGGCUUUUGGCCCUUCGAUCCCAAUCUGCCCGCGCUGCGCGGUCAGCUGCUGGCCGCUUUGGGUGCCAGCAGCAGCAGCCGCUUUGAAGCGAUGACGGGGUUUCACGGCGGCCUCAACGAUGGUAUUUGGUUCUUGCGUGGGGCUCCAGGUCGUGAGACUCUGGUGCUGAAGUUGGUGAAGUAUGAUAGGUUUGCUCCUCCUCAAUUGGUGGAAGAGCGUAUUUUCUCGAAGUUGUAUCAGGAGGUGCCACACAUCGCGGAGGAUGCGCACGUGGCCUUUCCCACGAAGGUCUUCCGAUUGCUGGGUCCCAACAACGUGCGAAAGCACGCGCCUGGGCCGCGCCUGGGAGGGAUUGCAAUACUUGCCAGAAGUCAGAUCGCGCAGAUCUAUCAGCAGCUCAGGGCUCAUCAUUCGAAGGACCCGUCCUUUCUACGCCGGCUUCGUACAGAAAUGGCGGCUUCCGAUGCUUACCCUUGGCUUUGUCGUUGUGGUCGCCGCAACCGCAAGACCAUGGACUAUUGUCCUUCGUGCACUCGCCAUUGGCGAACUGGAACUCCGAUCGAGCAGCACGAGGAGAGGAGCUACGCUACUUGGAGCGAAGACCAGCGUGGAUGGGAUGCUCCAUGGGUGCAGUCAGGUUCUUCGCCUCGGCAGAGAACUACCAGUCCAAGACAGCGACAGCCCAAGAAGAACCGCCGCAAGAAGAACAAGCCGCAGAUGGAAGCCGAUGGGCGGAAUCAGUCUCGCGGUCGAGGUCCGGCUUCAGCUCAACAACCGUUGACUCCGCCGCCUCCGCCACCAUUGCCGACCGCGCCGCAAUGGGCGCACUUGCAGAACACUGUCCUGCCUGUAGACACACCGACGACUGUGACAUCCCCGGAGGCGCAACAACUCAAGGAGUGUGUCGCCCUGCUGAACAAGUACGAAGAAGGACUCCCACUGGAAGUCCAGUCUUACGUUCAAGGGAUCAAGGCCAAGGAUGUCAAGAGGUCAGUCAAGACACUCCAUUCGGCGGUCACAUCUAUGGGACGAUCCAGGGACGAGCUCCAAGCGGCAAUUGCCGCCAGAUCUCAGAUGCAUUCUACAUGGCGUACCUUCCUUGCGGACAGCAUCACCAGGUUCCAAGCUUAUGGCCAGGAUUUUGCCACCCAAGAAGAGCAAUUGGUAGCAAGAAUCCAGGAGGCAAAGAAGGCCUUCGAGCAGGCCAAAGAGAACCUCAGUGUGGAAAAAGCCAAGGCAAGCUCCCUGGACACAUCGGUGCAGGAGGUGUCAGACGAGGAGACGGAGAUCAAAGAUGUGGUACUUGCAGCUCCCGACAAGAUCACGGAGAGCCUGAACCAUUUCUCAAGCAGCCUCGAAGGCCGAUGUCACGUGACGGAAAAGUACGGACAUCAGUGGCCUUUGGUUGGGCAAGGUCAGUUUUCGAACACCUUGCAGUGGAAUUUGUCCAUUGUCGAUGAGUUCAACUUCAUGUCGACGUGGACAUCUCGGGAAUGUGCUGCCUCUUUGGCCUUUGAGCUUGGUCACCCUGGGUCAUACCCUGCGAAGUCAGGGAAGCCCCGAUCUCCCAAGACUGUCAGAGUUGGAUUUCGUGAUGAAGUUCGCGUCUUUCUUGGGGAUGCUGACACUUUGAGGAUGAGAUCAUUUUCCUUCAGUGAACCUUGUCUCGCCAAAUGGCAUGCCAAACCUUGGGCUAGACGCCCAACUGAGCGAUCGGCACAUGUUCAGUCAUCGCCAUUUUGGCAGUUGUUUUUGAAUGAUGUGGAUUCAGAUCCACCAAUUAUGAGUUGCAAAAUAAUCGACAACCAUGGACGCCCGGAUGGCUUUCCUGCAGAUGGCAGUGACCAUGGUUUUCCUGGACGUGAUGGACAUGGACAGCCUCCACCACGCAUCCCGGACUUCACCGACAAUAUCAUUGCGGCGCUUGGACACACAUUGACUCCAUUUGGUGGCCAGCCCGGCAAUUUUCUUGAAAUUCGCACGUGGUUUGUGGAUCAUUCUCAACCACAACAACAUUGGGCAUCUCGCAUGAUUUCACUUGAAGGAGACCAAGCCACAUGGAUUCAGCAACUGCGAGACGGCUGGAAUGAUGUCCUGGCACCAGACAUUCCCACAGCCUACCAAAUUGCUCAUCCACAACCUGUCCGAGGUCAUGCUGACAUGUGGGUUACUUUGGACAUCAUUCUGUCCCAGAACAUACACAUUCGUCGAUAUUCUGGUUUGGUCACAGUGGCGUUUCUUGAUGACUUGGAGGGCAACAUGCGCUUUGCAGUGGCACAUUCUUUCCCUCGCAUGGUCAGCGGUUUUCUCAUCAUUGAUGCAGUGGACUUGCACCAUCUUUGCUCGCCCAUUUCUUCCAGACGUUGCUCUAUUUCUCAUGGAUGGAAUGCCAUUCCAGUGAAUGCGGAUGCAAGACAUUUGAUGCGUUCUGGGCAUGCAUUUCAGAUUUUUGUGCCUGCUGAUUCACAGCAAGAUCCGGAUCGGCUUGUCGAGGUCCCGGAUCCUGCAGCUGUUGAUGAGGGACAUGCAGAAUUUGGCAGUGAUGUUCCCAUGCAGGACAAUGAUGAAGAGAAUCCACCGGAUGAAAUGUCUCCUCAGGAUGAUGAUCUGGAAGAUCCUGAUCCUGGAACUCCUGAUUCGAGUUCUUCAGAGUUGCCACGUGAUAUCCUCACAUUGCUCAACUGCUUUAUCUACCGACUGAAUCAUCCACCGCUACACUUGUUCCUGAACUACGUGGCUGGUGCGCCGCUCUUGAUUGAGCUUGCGCAUGUACUUCGGGUACCACGAGAGUCAUUUGUUGCAUCUUAUCCAGUCUGGGUACGCAUGGUUGGGCAGGCUCAAGAAGAUUGGAGUAUCAUUGUACAACAUCUUGAUGACAUUCCUGCGGCAUCCGCAGAUCAAUUGGUGAUCCUCGACGUGGAGGUGCAUUUCCCGCACUUGGUAGGGCGAGUUCCAGCGUUUCCUGCCGCCAUUCGUCGGGUUCUUCGUGUGCCACCCGCCAUCACUCGACAAGAUGUGCUCAGAUAUGCGGGCGUCUAUCAAUAUUGUGUGGUCCAGCAUGACAGCUGUUUGGUCUAUUUCAACAAUGAGGGAUGGCCGAUUCUCCGCCCAGGCCCUCGGCAAGUUCAACAUGGUUCAUACUUGCGUGUCAUCGUACCACCCGAUCGUGACGGCGCCAUCAACACCUUGCAAGCCAUACGGCAGGUUGAAACAUAUGUUGCGGGCUUGCUUGCAUCGCCUGGCCCUGGAGCACCAUCACCGGCACCAGCGCCGACGCCGAUGCCUUCACCUCCAUCCAUGGGAUCAGGACAGCUGCCCACGUGUAUAUCUUUGCACAGUUUGGAGAUUUGGCAUCGUGAACUUCGAGAGGCCUUUGAUGCCCAUGCUCACAUUGAGAAUACAGAUGAAGGGAAAGCUUUGUAUGCUGAUGUUUGGUUCAUUGACAAUGUCAACUACAGAACAUGUCGCCAGCCGGAGAAGGUCAAGUUGCUUGACGAUGAUAUCAGUUGGUUCCCCCAGAUCAUGGAGUGUUGGAUCCAUCAGAUGCAGGCUUCGGUACCUGUGCGGCUUCAUGUUGUUCAGCCACUUCCACCGGCAACAUCUCUGCAGUCCUUCACACUACAUAUCCUCAUUGAGCAAAAUGUCAUGGAAGCCAGGGCCGCUGCCGUGCUUUCUAUGCACAUUCAAGAGCGUCUUGAGGACAAACUUUGGCAAUCAGCUUUCUCUUUGCCUCGUUGGGUUUCUACAGAGGACAUCAUCGAUGCGACAGAGCUCAACUUUCUUUGUGAAGUUCGACGUUGUUUUGCAGUUUGCGGUAGUAUGCACUUUCAGCGAUUCAUUCGCGAAGAAAUUGCUUCGGGCAUCAGCAUCGAGAUCUUUAGUCGGCAUUUUCGAGAUCAUGAAUGUGACCCUUCUGCCAGCAGUCGACAUGACCCAUAUGUACCUCGCAUUGUACGAGCUACUUCUGGUAGGUCUCUCAUGCAACGAGCAGCACGUCAAAGUCGGGUGAGUUCUUCCGUUGUAGCUGAUUUUCAAGAUGAUACUUUGGAAGUAUCACAUCCUCAUGUUGAGAACCCUGCUUUGACCUUGCAUGGAUUAUGGCAACAUCAUUUCGCUCAGUGCACUGAACAUGACCCGGACUUGCUAUUGGUCGAGACUUGGUAUCUUGAUCAUCUUCGCCGUCCUUGGUCCACUGAAGUGCGGCUCACCCAGUUGGGACGUGAUUUCCGAGCUUGGGAGCCUCGUAUCCGACGGGCUUGGGCAGACUGGAUCAUUGCUUCUCGUCCGGUCGAAUUUCAUGUGGUGGUCCCAGAAUCACUGGAUCCAGCGAGUGGAGUGCGCUUCCAGAUUCUCAUUGUGCAGCAGCCACAGCCCAUGCGUCGCGCUGUACUUCUGGCGAUUCAAGAUGAUACAGUUGCACAUGAUUCGCGAUAUCGUUUUGCAGCUACUAUCUCCAGUACGGUUGACCACUGGCAGCUUCUUGAUCUUGCGCAUUAUCAGCAAUAUUGCUUGGAAUGGUAUCAGUGGUUGACUUGUCGCACCUUUCUUGGUUCACGUGAUCUCUCUGAUGGAACUAUCUUGCAGGUUGACGAUGGAAUGGGUUUCAAUCUUUGGGUAAGCUCUCGAUCGGCACCUCCACAUGUCUCAUUUGAUGAUGAAGAGGAUGCGCAAGCGGAUGCCGCUGCAUUUCUGCAACUACAUUUUGCCAAGCUUCUUCACAACGCUCACAGUCUCUUGGACAAGGACGUGGCGCUGGAUGGCAGCUCUCCUGCCAGCGAGGAGCCAUUUCUGAUGGCAAAUUUGGCGGUGACCGAUCGCAAUAGCUGCGUACUUCGGGGCUUGACCAUCGCUACUCACCAAGUCAUGCAGGAGCUGGUGGAGGCAUUAUCAAAUUCCACUGCUUCGUUCUAUGCUGGUGAAUGUGGUGCCCACCUAGAUGCCCCCACUCAGAAUUGUACGAAGCCCAAAGUUGUAUUAUCGUUGGAGACUUGCUUGCCGUGUCCUUUGCCACCGAUAUCAGUUGAUGGUGCCAUGUUGAUGCACAGUGACUCUCCGGAUUGGCAAGAUCGAUUGCAUCAGGCGACUCUCCAGUUCAAUUGGCUGCCUGACGGUCUUCAGCUCCAUGCAUGUACCUAUGCGGCACUUUCUGAUCCUCAUCGUUUUCGUGAACCCAACUUUGCUGGUCAGACGGUCUUAUUCAUUGAUGGGGCGGCUUAUGAUGGUCACGCAGCAUGGAGUGUGGUGUGUGUGCAGUUUGACAGCUUCGGUAUACCAGCGCUCUUGGGGACAAUGGCUGAUUCUGUCUGUACCUGCCCUGCGCACCCCACUUGGAUCGGGGCUGAUCAGGCUGACAAUAUUUCAGCGGAGCUCACGGCCUUCAUCUAUGCGGCGGUGAUUGGCAUUACGGUUGAUUUUGGACACAUUCCUGUCGUUGCGCCUGACCUUGCACUGAGUGCGAUGCUGGCUGACAGCCGAUGCACUUGUUCGGCACAUCCUGGCUUGGUACAACUGACUCACUGCUUAGGGCAGGCUUUUGCCAAAGCUGAGGGUCAAGUCCAGGAAGUGCGAGCGCAUCGAGGGCAUCCUUGGAAUGAACUGGCAGAUGGGGCUGCGAAAUUUGUACUCCAUACGAAGACUUCCAUUGGAAAUUGUCUCGUGCCGGUUUUGCAGGAUCUGCUGCGUGCCAAUGAUGUCUCUUGGGCAUGGCUUUCUCAACAGACGCCUGCUUUUCAUCAUUGUUUGCCACCAUCACCCAGUCCUGGUGUGUGGGCUCUUACACCGCCCAAGAAAGGAGCUGUUAAGCCGCUUAUUGCUCCUGAAAAGCACAACCCUGCACCGGUUCAAUUUACUGUUGUAUCAGCCAAUGUGCUUGCCUUGGACACAGUCGAUGAGACGCAGCAGGUUUUGCGAAGUUCCCGCGCUGUGCGUCUAGCGGCACAAUGGCAUCAGCAGCAAGUUGCAGUUGUUGGACUGCAGGAGACCCGCCGACCUGCAGGACGUGCCUUGCUUGAGCAUUAUCGCACCUUUUCCUCCGGAGCGGCAACGGCAGAGAAAUGCCCGCAUCAUGGUUGUGAGCUGUGGUUGCAUCGAGAGAUUCCUUGGAUCACCCUGCAAACUCACGGCCCUUUGACAUUUGAUCAAAUGCAAGCCUCGGUCCCUCUGGCUGACCCCAGACGGCUUGUGGUCAACCUCACAAAGAAUGACCUGGCAAUCUCCUUUGUUGUAUUGCAUGCACCUUGUCGGUCAGCAGCACCUGAUGGUACCCUGGAGGCAGUGCAAAAGUGGUGGAAUGAAACAGUUCAGCUCCUCCAAAAUCUCAAACUAGCACCUCUGACAUGGAUCAUGGCUGAUUUGAACGCUGACCUUGGUAUGACUCCCAAUGAUCAUUUUGGGGACCAUGGACAUCAGCAUGAUUCACCACAAGCCAGUAUUGCUGAAGAAGCACUGAUCCUUUUGGACAUGUUUGCUCCGACUACAUUUUCAUGGUGCCACGUUGGACCUGCUUCCACAUGGAAACACCCACGUGGCACAGACCAUCGCAUUGAUUAUGUCUUGUGUUCCAAACAGGCAUUCGAGAUGGCCCGCCAGUCAUACGUCGCGCAAGAUCAUGACUCUGGUUUUUCUCACGAAGAUCAUUUACCAGUCUCGUUGCACUGUUGUGGAUGGUUUCAUGCGCUUGCUGGACGACCGCAGAUCCGAUGGGACUUUGCUGCGAUGCAGGAUCCUGAGCGUUGUCGCCAGUUUCAAGAGGCUCUAAAGACUUUGCCAAUGCCCCAAUGGUCGGCCGAUGUAGACACCCAUGCUGCGGUUUGGGAAGCCAACAUCUUACAGCUGGCCCAGCAAUUUUUUACCUCUUCCACAACUGAGCGAUCUCGUCCACGCCUGACUGAACCCACCCGCAAUUUGAUUGCACUCAAGCGCUCAGUGCUGGACUAUGGACGAAGCAUGCAAUUGAUGCAAGACGAUGACAUUAAGAAGCAUUUGAAGGAGAUCGAGAAGGAGAUUCACCAGCGCGUGUGUAAAGACCAACAAGAUUUCUAUGAACACUUGGUUCAGCAAUUGGCCGACCAAGGUGACAUUCACAACUACAAAUAUGUCUACAAACUCCUUGUCCGCCUUGGAGGACGUCCUGGUCACAAGGCUUCUGGUGGCAAAUCACUGCCUCAGUUGUGCCCGCCAGGCCAGGCUCCAUUGCAGACAUAUGAGGAUCAGCAGAUGCACUGGUUGAAACAGUUUGCGGCCGUGGAGGCUGGUCAUAUCCUGUCGCCAGAUGCACUUCAACAUCUUCAUCAUGGAGGUCUUGGCCUUGAUCCUGCCAAGCUUGACAAGGCGGCCAUCCCCACUCUUUAUGAGUUGCAGACGCAGAUCAAAAAACUCAAGCGUGGGCGAGCUCCAGGACCAAAUGCAAUACCAACUGACUUGUUGAAAGCAGGUGGGGCAGUCGUUGCUCAGCAACUCGCCACCAUUACUACGAAGAUUGCUUUGAGAGGAUCGGAGCCGCUCUCUUGGCGCGGUGGCAAAUUGAUACCGUUAUACAAGGGGAAGCUUUGUCGUUCGGAUCCGCAGGCAUACCGCUCCAUCUUCAUCUCAAAUUACACUACGAAGAUAUAUCAUGCCAGUUUGCGUAAGCACCUCUUGGAUGCGUGGUCAGAUGCUUUGACGCAUCUGCAGUUCGGUGGACGAAAGCAGAUGGCGGCAGAUCUUGCACAUCACUGCCUUCAAGCCCACUUGGAGCACGCCACCCACCGCAAGAUUCCUGCUGGUAUUUUGUUCGUUGAUAUGAAAGCCGCGUUCUAUUCUGUUGUUCGUCAAGGCUUGUUUGAAGAAGCACCGGAUGCUGCUCCUUAUUUGCACGCCAUGUACAAGAUGGGCAUCACACCCGAUCAUGUGGCGCAGUUGAUGGAGACUGCGGGUGAGGACGUGGCUGUCUCAGGUAUUUCGGCUCAUGCACUGGCCUUGCUCAAAGUUCUUCUGGAACGCACUCAUUUUCAUGUUGACGGGGUCAAUGCAUUUGUCCUUACGACUCAAGGGACACGACCUGGCGACCCAGUGGGUGAUGCUUUCUUCAAUUUGGCGAUGGCAGUCAUUUUACGCAAGGUGACCGACAGAAUUGCCAACUGCACAGAGGCUACAUGGGAAGGUCAAGCAGGUACGAUCACUUCGUUUGAUGGACUGCAUGCCCCCGCUGCUUUUGCUUGGUUUGAGAUUGCCUUCGUCGAUGACUGUGCCGUUGCCAUGCGAGCACCGAACAAUGAAAUGCUGGAGAUGUUAGCCAGCACGGCCUUGAAGGCCAUUGUCAUUGAAGCUCGCAAGCGGGGGUUAGCCCUCAACUUUGAGAUUGGCAAAACCGAGCUCAUGGUACACUGGAGAGGAGCGGGUUCCAGGUUGUUCCGCGAGAAGAUUGCUGCUCAGGGCGAUAUUUUGGCCGUGGCUGUUGAAGAUGAUCUGAUCCGCCUUCAUUGUACCCUGGGCUAUAAGCACCUUGGAACCUGGUUACAGAACAACGCUGCUUCUAUUCGUGAUGCUCGUGCACGCCUCACUGAAGCACGCAAAGCAUGGGGCCCCUUGGUGCGUCCAGUGUUUCGCCGCUGCCAGAUCAAUGCGCACACCAAGCGUCAGCUCUUUGACUCUUUGGUGAUGUCGCGUUUGCUCUACAAUGCACACAUUUGGUCGUCGCUUUCUGAUGAUGAGAUAUCCAAAUGGGCGAAUGGAAUUCGCCACAUGGUCUAUCCCUUUGUUCGCUGCGAGCUUCGUGGGUUACCACCAUUUCAGUUUGAUAUCGAUACCUUGUGUGGCCUUGCUGGACUCAUUACACCUUGUGAUGCUCUUCAUGCAGCGCGCUUGCGUUAUUUCCGACGCUGGAUUGUUGGUGCCCCACCCCUCUUGUGGCAUUUGGUGCAUGCUUCGGCCUCUACCCCAUGCUCAUGGUUGUCUUCUUUGCGACAGUCCUUUCGGUGGUUCUCUACGUUCUACGGAGCUCGUUGUGGACUUACGCAGGACUCUUCGCUGGUUGACUGGGUUACUUUUGUCACCAUUGAUGAACGUUGGAAGGGACGUGUUCGAAGUGCCGUCAACUCUUGUCGCCAAUUUCGGCGCCAGUAUGCCUUUGUCGAGGUCUGGAAGGCUUCCUUUAUAUCUACGAUGCAGGCGGAUGGCAUUGACAUUCCGUCUGUUGUGGAUGCUCCGGUGACCUGCUGGCGGUGUGAUCUCUGCGAAGAGUCUUUUCAGUCAAAGCGGGCAUUGGCUAUGCAUGCGAGCAAAGUCCAUGGUUACAAAACUCUGGUCAAACAUUUCGCAGCAGAUGGAAUGUGCGCGAACUGUUGUCGAGAUUUUCACAGUCGAGCGCGCCUCUGUGCACACCUUCGGACUGCAGAAGAAUGCUUCAGCCGACUUCGGGCCUGCUUUCCUCCUCUAGCCCUCGAAGUCAUGCAAGCGAAGGAGGCGGAGGAUCGAAUGUUCGCCCAUGACUUGAAGCGCCAAGGAUGGGGUCCCACCAAAGCGCUGCAUCCUGUGCUCCGCGCCCAUGGUCCUGGCCUUCCUGCACCAGCGACACAGGAUUCACAAGAUAUGUACAGGCGAUGGACUCUUCGAGUUGGACAAGGUGAUCUUUCUGCGGUUGAAGCUCUCUCUGGUGCUUGUAUGAGCAAUGAGGUUGAAGCUGUGAAGGAGACGCAGGAGUCGAAUGAGAUUGCCUUUGUCUACCAGUCCCCUGCAGGAGAUCUGGCGGGACGCUGUGGUGUUUUUGCUCCUGGUGGUUUGGCGCGGCUUCAUGCGGCACUUCAUAUUCGGACACUGUGUUUUAUUCACGUGUUUUCCGGAUACAGAAGACCCGGGGAUCUGCAAUGGAACAUCGAGGCCCACCAAGUUCAAGGAGCGCUACAGAUCUUUUGCAUCAGUGUCGACUACUGCCUUCAGGCGGACCAAGGUGACCUCGCUGGAGCUCAUAGAGUCGCUUGGUGGGAGAAGCAGGUUCUGAGUGGCGCGGUUUUUGGCCUCGGAGGCGGUCCACCUUGCGAAACGUGGAGUGCGGCUCGGCUGCUUCCUGAUGGACCGUGCCCAUUGCGUGACUACGACCAUCCGUAUGGACUCCCAGCUCUUUCGCAAAAGCAUUGGCAGCAAGUCGAAAUCGGCACUCAUUUGGUGUUGUUCAUCGUGAAGAUGCUCUACUUGUGUGCCAAGAUCGGUGGAUGCGGCUUCAUCGAACAUCCGGCCUACCCCGUGUGGGCACUCCGCCACAGGCCAUGCAGCAUCUGGUCGAUUUGGCCUAUCAGAUGGCUGCGGCGCCUGCAGUGCGUUGAGAUCUGCACUUUCGACCAGUGCCGAGAUGAGAGUGGCAAAUUCAGAACAGCUAUUGCAAAGGUGUAUCCGCCGCAAUUGAAUGCAGUGAUGGCCGACGCCAUUGUACAUCAUGCACUUUUGCUGGCCGAUGCAUUGCCUGUGGUGGAACCACUGGAUUUGUUUGUCAUGCGAAAGGCGCCUGGAAAAUCUUUGGAUCAUCUCAUCUCCGAAAAGUGGAGGAGCAACCGGAAGGGAGAUAUCAUGAAAAUCUUUGCGAAAGUCGGUGAAUGUUUGGCCCAGUUUCACAGGCGGUAUGGCGGAAGGCAGCACAAUGAUGCUGGAACCCAGAACAUCCUCUAUGACGAGGAGACGCAACAUGUGACCUUCAUCGAUUUGGGCGGCAUGGGGAACAAGACCGAUAAGACUGACGUCCAGCGCUUGAGUCAGGCCUGUGAUAAACCCAAUGCAACUAAAGACACCAUCAAUAAAUGUAUACCGUGUACCUUUUAUGUCUUGUUUUUGCCACCCAUUUAUGGUACAACAUUGGGAUAG